CAGCCUUAGUUUAUCCAUCGUGUACUUCCAGGUUAUGAAGCCAUGUCCCACGUUAAGAAGCUGUCAAUUCUUGGUGUAAGAAGUUUCGGACCUGAUGAAGCCAAACUAAUAGAGUUCUCCACCCCACUAACCCUCAUUCUUGGGCAAAAUGGAUGUGGCAAAACGACAAUUAUUGAAUCCCUCAAGUAUGUCACCACGGGAGAUUAUCCACCCGGGACCUCUAAUGGAUCCUCGUUUGUCCAUGACCCCAAGAUGGCCAGGGAGACAAAGGUGAAGGCUCAGGUCAAGCUCCAGUUCUGCAACGUCAAAGGAAAAGUGAUGACGGCUGUCCGUGCCUUAGAGGCAACACAGAAGCCCAAGAAAGUGGAAGUGAAGACCCUCACCACAACCAUUGGCAUGAAGGAUGACAAUGGCCACAUUGUCACCAUAGAUGGGAAAUGCAAUGAUGUCUUGGCCAGCCUGUCAACAUAUUUGGGAGUUUCCAAAGCAAUUUUAAACAAUGUCAUCUUCUGCCACCAAGAAGAUUCAAACUGGCCCCUUGAUGAAGGAAAGAAGGUGAAGGAAAAGUUUGAUGCCAUCUUCAAUGCUACAAUGUACAUCAAGGCUCUGGAGGCCAUCAAGAUGAAACGCGCCAAAAUGAAGACACAGGUAAGUGUUAUGAAAUCCCACCUGGAUGAACUUCAGCAAAAAAAGCAAGAGGUAAAUGACAAACAAACUGGUUUGGAGAAAGAAAAGGAGCAGAAGAGGGUCCUCAGUGAUGAAAAGCAGCAGAUUGAGCUUGAGUUGUCACCUGCCCAGCAGCAAAUGAAUGAUAUAAUGAAGGUGGAGAAAGAUUUGGAUCACAUCAAAGGAGAGUUGACUGGGAAAAACCACCAGCUGAAUUCCCUCAGAGAAGUUCAAGCAGAACUGAGAGCAGAACUAACUGAACAGUUUAGUUGUUCUGACUUGGAGCUUUUUGCAAUGAUUGAAGACUUUCAGAAGAACUUAGAGAGAGCUGAAAGGGAACAAAGAGAGCUUACAUCUAAGGCUCAAGAGGUGGACAGGGAGAUGAAUGAGAUGCAGGAGGAGGCAGCAAGAACACAGAGGAAGCAGGGAGAGCUUGAGGCCACUCACACAAACCAUCAGAAAGAUAUCACUUGGAGAAACACUAAGAUGGCUGAACUUGUCCAGGAGUUUUCAUUUACUGAGUUCAAGAAUGUGGUUGAGUUCCAUGACCACCAGGCUGAGGCAGUGUUGUCACUCCUCAUGAAGCGCGUGGAGAGAGAACGCAGCAAUAUACAAGCCAGGAAGGAGGAGUUUGAGCAGAGUGAGGCAGAGUUGCAGUCAGAAAUCGACAACCUUCGGACUCAAGAGGCUGCUCUACAGUACAAAAUCAAGAGCAAAGGCAGCCAGCUCAGUGAUGUGAACCAGAAAAUCAGACAAGUGAAGCAAAAACUAAUGAAGACUGAGAGUGAACUUUCCUACACCAACAUAGAGACUUUAAAGGAGGAGCUGGCUAAAGUGGAGGAGAAAAUCAGGGCAGAGGAGAUGCAGGUUGAUGCCCACAAGAUGCAGGAAGAAAUUAGUGAAGAAAAGAGAAAAAGGCGAGAAUUGCAGAGUGAAAUGGAUGAGGCAAAGAGAAUAGUUUCAAAAAUGACACGACAAGCAGAGGAUCGCUCCCAAUUGGACAUCCACACCACGGAGAAGAAAGACCUUGAAAAUAAAAUUCAGUUCUUGAAACGCAAGCAUGCUGAUGAACUGGAGCACCUGCUUAAUGAGGUGCCAGAGGACAACAUCAAGAAUAAGGUUGACACCUGCCUCUCAAAUUUGCGGCGAUGCAUUGCAAACACAAGGGCCAGCCUGAACACCCUGAACAAGAGGAGGACUCAGCUGGACACAACCAUCAAGAGCCACAAAGUUCAAUUGGAGAGAAAAGAGAAGGAGAUCAGUGCAUUGCAGAACAAAGUGAGCAACGUAUGUGGAGAAACAGACUUGGACGUGUCCCUUGUCAAGACGAAGAAGAUGAAGGAAGAUUUCACGCGUGAGAAAGCUGACUUGGCGAGCUCCAUCACUGUCCUGAAGAGAUUUCAAGAGAAACUUCGACAGAAAGAUUGCUGUCCCUUGUGUCACAGGGAUUUUAUCACCAAAGAUGAAGUGUCAUUACUCAUCGAAGAGCUGGAGGAGAAGGUGAGCAGGAUCCCAGAGAAGCUGAAGGGAGUGGAGAAGAAGCUAGUGGACCAGGAACACCUCCAUGACCAGAUGAUCCAGCUUCAGCCCCAGGUAGACCAGGCCAAUGCUUCACGCACAGAGCUGGAGAAAAUCAGAGCACAGAUGGAAGAAGAGAUCAAAGAACUCCAGUCUAUUGAUAUGGAUAUUGAAAACAAGACAGAGUUGCUGGAGAUGACACAGAGUGAUGAAGAGACAGCCAUGAGCAUGCAAGGUGACAUCAUCACUAUUGAAAACAACCUGCGGAAGAUCAGGCAGCUCAGUGUGCUGAUUGAGGACCUUCAAGCUACUCUUGGAUGUGCAGAUGGAGACUUGAGCAUGGAGCAAGCCAUGGCACACCAGAGUGAGCUUGAGGACAGUCACCGCAGAACUCAACAAAGACUUGAAGACCUCCAGGAAAAACUAAGGGAACAUCAAGACCGGCUGCAGGGGUACAAGAAUCGCAAGCUGGAGCUUUCCAGACAAGAACUUGAGCUCAAGACAAAAAUGCAAGAAGUUUUGAAGCUCAAAGAGGAAAAAUCUAAACUGGAAGAGAAUCACAAAGAGUUAGAGGAAGAAGUGGAGCAGGCAGAGACUGAAGUGGCUCCAUUCAAGUACAAGAUACUUGAGAAAAACAAAGAAAAAUCUCAGGUUGUGAGGAACAAGGAGAGCCACAUUGACACAGAAAACAGAAAGGUGAACACCAUACUAGAGAAGCAUCGGAGUGUUCAUAGCACUCACUUAAACAUCAAAGAGUACCUUGCUGGAGGUGGAAAGGAGCAGCUUGAGAAAGUCCACAAGAAAGUAUCAUCUCUACAAGACGGAAUCAGCUCCCUGCAAUCAAAAAAACAGUCCGUUAUUGAUGAAACUAAGAAAGUAGAGAAAAAAAUCACUACUCAGAAGGAGAGGAAGAGGAACCUUGAUGAUGAGAAGAAGAUUCGAGACAAGGAAAAACAGGCUGAAGUAAUCAAGCGUGAGAUAUCUGUGCUGGAGGAGAAGACGAGAGGAUUCAAUAUUGAAACGGUCAUGGAAAAGAGGUUGGAGUUGUCCAAGAAAAUGAGUGAGCUUAUAACUAAGAGAUCAAACCUAGCUGGACGCCUUCAGGAAGUGGAGAAAAACAUCACUAGCCUCUCAAAUGAUCUCCAGCGCAAAGAGAAUAAAGAAGCUUCUCUGAAAUACAAAAAGAAAUUGGUUGAAGUGAAAUGCUUAGAGAUGGCAAUUGAAGAUGCCAAUGUUUACCACAAGGUCCUGGACACUGCCAUCAUGCGCUUCCACAGUGAGAAGAUGAAAAUCCUAACCCACAUUGUGCGGGAGCUCUGGCGACAGACCUACAAAGGGAAUGACAUUGAUUACAUAGAAAUAAAAACAAAAGAAGCAGAGGCCAAAGGAGCUGACAAGCGACAGAAAUACGACUACAGAGUUGUUAUGGUGAAAAAUGACACUGAGAUGGACAUGCGUGGGAGAUGCUCAGCUGGACAGAAGGUGCUGGCAUCACUGCUCAUCAGAUUGGCUCUUGCUGAGACUUUCAGCUCGCAGUGCGGCAUUUUGGCCCUGGAUGAGCCCACAACCAACCUAGACCGGGAAAACAUUGAUGCUCUCGCUGUGGCAUUGACUGAGAUUGUGAAUGCUCGUCGAACCAGGGCGAGCAGCCAGCUCAUUGUCAUCACCCAUGAUUCAAAUUUUCUAGAGAAGCUCGCAUAUGCUUCCCUUGUUGACGAGUACUUGGUAGUGAAGAGGAAUGAAACGGGAUGCUCUGAAAUUGCUAAGUGCAAGACUAAUGAAUCUACAAGAGUGUGAAGUGACAAAAGCUCCAUAGCCUUAAGGAAAUUUAAGAUUUUAAAAGAUCACAGUGCUGCUAAGGUUGUUGUAUUCCUAAUCAUUUAGGUUAUUUCUGCUUAGGUUUUGUGGUAAAUACAGUGUUUAUUCAUGUAAAGUAGAAUUUUUAAUUUUUGCAAGUCCAAGUGUAGUGGUUUAUUAUCAUACAUAACAAAACCCCUGCUAUUCAACUGGAUUGCAUUCCAAGGGAUGGUUGAAUAGUGAAUUGUCAAAUACUGAAUAAAUUUUACUCAUAAGAAUGCAUGUAAAUAGAUGACAUUCUAUUCCUGACCAACUGCUUGACCCAAGAAGAAAUUAAAAAAAAAUAACAUUUCUUUGUUUUACACAUUUCAUGUUUUAAGUGUAUCUUAUUUGUAACAAUAAUGGAAAAUAAAAGGAUGAAUAGUG